AUGCAAAUCCUCUCGGACAACGACCACGUUGUCACCUCCACACCCGACGUCUCUUCUUCCGGCCUCCCACUCGAGAUUCUCGAAAGGAUCAUCAAGGACGCCUGGACGGAUGCCUACUCGCAAGACGAACAAGCCAACCUUUACUGGACGCUUCGCGCUACGUCCAAAGUCGUGGCUGUCAUCGGCUCCAUUAUCGCUGUCCAAUACGCGACGCUUCGUGUUAGGUUGCACUUUCCCGGCCCUGCUUGGGGUUCCAUCGUCUGGCUCCUGGCGCUCAGGCACUACACCAUCUGCACCGACAAUCCCGGCUUUUCAAUCCCAGCUGUCAAACACAUUGCGCUCAACGUUGGCGUUGGUAGCUCCUACUCCAGCAUACCCAUGAAUACCCUGUGGAUAACCCAGUGGAAGCGCCUUCGCGCCGACCUCCCUGCUAUGUUCGUUAACUGCCGCUCCAUGACCUUACUCCUCAACGACGAGGCUGUUUUUCGCCUCCCAUCCCUAUCCCUUGCACCUGUUUCCACCACGCUUCCAACCCUCACGCAUCUCCACAUCCGCAUGAACUUACCGGGCUUCGUGCUUGUCAGUUUCUUCGGUGCAUAUUUCCCCGCCCUCACCUUCCUCCGUCUCUCCGACCCACUCAACUGCCAGUGCGCCGCGCUGGAGGGUGACCGCCACAACGAAAUAUGUAUUUUCUAUGGGAUCACCGACGCGUGUCCAGCCCUACGACACAUACGCCUCGACACACCCAGCUCUCUCCUCACGGUCAAGCUUCCUGUGACCGUACGGUGUCUCACCCUCUUCGCGGACCCCAUGCGUUUUCAUGGCAAGCUGGAGAGUAAUAUUUUCGAGUACAGUCUGGCGACUUCAGUGCGCGGAGGACUCUUCCACACACCCAUCGUUCAUGGGGCGUGUUCCCCGCCGAAGAUAGAGGUCUUGAGCGUCUCCGAAGAGACAUGCACAUCUUACCAAGUGGAUGCGAUACACGAGAGGUACGGGGUUCACAUUGAGAAGGUGAUGGAAAGCCAGCACUCUGUUAAUACGUUGUAA